AUGCCUUUAACAUCUGCGGAAGAUCCACAUAUAACACAUAUUCGAGUACUUUUAGGAGGAGUACACGAAGCUAAUCAUGAGUAUGUAUCAAAACGAUUAUGUGAACGUAUUGAUGGUCUUGUAUCAUGUCAAUUUAUUGACGACAAUAAUCAAGCUGAAAUUUCUUUUAAUACCAAUGAACUUGAUCAAUAUACACUUCUAUCAGCAAUACAACGACUUGGUCACCCUGUACAAUCAAUAAAUUCAGAAUCAGUUCAAGCUCAAUUACGAAUUGAAGGUAUGCAUUGUAAUUCAUGUGUAUCAAAUAUUUGUGGUGCAAUACUUGAUCUACCUGGUGCUAUUGAUAUUCAAUUAACAUUUCUUGAUAAACUUGCUACUAUUAUGUAUGAUCCAAAUAUACUUAAAAUUGAUGAUAUUAUUACUGAAAUUGAAAAACUUAGUUUCCAAGUUGCUAUUUCAAGUGCUCCACAACCUAAAACAACCAUGAAUAAUAAUUCAAAGGAUGAAGUCACACCGAAACAAUCAAAGUUAACUGAAAGAGCAAAUAAAAGUUCUCAGCUAUCUUUAAAAGAUGAUGAAAAUGAAUUAGAAACAUGUUAUUUUACUGUUAUUGGUAUGACCUGUGCAUCAUGUGUUGAUAGUAUACAAAGAAAUCUAUCAAAAGUUGAAGGUAUUCACUCCGUAUUGGUUGCUCUAUUAGCACAACGUGCUGAAGUUAAAUAUGAUCCAGCAUACCUUUUACCAACACAAAUAGGUGGUUUGAUUAAUAAUCUUGGGUUUCAAGCUGAAGUACUUGAAACAGUUGCACGUGGAAUGGAAGUAGUUGAUGUUAAUAUCGAAGGUAUGACAUGUGCAUCAUGUGUAAAUAAAAUUCAAAAUCAUAUGACUAAAAUACCUGGUAUUACAUCAGUUGACGUUGCAUUACUUACAAAUCGUGGAAGAUUUCAAUAUGAUCCCAGUAUAAUUGGACCAAGAGAUAUUCUUAAGCAUAUUACAGAUGAUCUUGGUUUUCCAACGACAGUUUUAACCGAAAAUUUAAAAUCUGAAAAUCUAGCACGUUUAAAUCGACGUAUAACACGUCGAUGGAAAAAUUCAUUUAUUAUUGCUGCUAUUUUUGGUAUUCCAGCAAUGGUUAUUAUGCUGGUUUUUAUGUUUAAAUAUAAAGAUCAUAUGAAAGCUCCACAUGUUACAGAUGGUUUAUCUGUUGAAAAUUUAAUUAUGUUUUUGUUGGCUACACCUGUUCAAAUCAUUAGUGGUCGAUAUUUUUAUGUUCAAGCAUUCAAAUCAUUAAAACAUAAAACAGCUAAUAUGGAAGUUCUUAUUGUAUUAGCAACAACUAUUGCUUAUCUUUAUUCAGUUAUUGUUGUCAUAGCAAAUAUGAUCAUGAAAGUACCUAGUCCUAUGGCAUUCUUUGAUGUUUCACCUAUGCUUUUUAUGUUUGUUUCUUUGGGACGAUGGCUUGAACAUACUGCUAAAGCUAAAACAUCAGAUGCAUUAAAAAAACUUUUAUCACUUCAACCACCACAAGGUACAUUGGUUAAAUUAGAUAGUACGGGAAAAAUUAUUGAAGAAAAAACAGUUCUUGCUCAACUUAUACAACGUGAUGAUUUACUUAAAGUUCAACCAGGUGAAACAAUUCCAACAGAUGGUCGAAUUAUUGAUGGAGUAACAUCUUGUGAUGAAUCUUUAAUAACAGGAGAAUCAAUGCCAGUUGAUAAAACUGUUGGUGCUCAAGUUGUUGGGGGUACAAAAAAUCUUGAUGGUUUAAUUAUUAUGCGUGCAACACAUGUUGGUCAAGAAACAGCCUUAAAACAAAUCAUACGAUUAGUCGAAGAUGCACAAACAUCCAAAGCACCAAUUCAACAAUUAGCUGACAAAAUUGCUGGUUAUUUUGUACCAUUUGUUGUUUCAGUUUCAAUACUUACAUUAGUUACUUAUAUUAUUUUGGGUUAUACAAUCUUUGAUAAAAUUGAAAAACACUCAUCAUAUUAUCAACCACCAGAACAUGGAGAAUCAUUGCAAGGUGAACAUUCGAAUACUAGAUAUAAACCAUCAAAAACUGAAGUUGUGCUUGAACUUGCUUUUCGAUAUGCUAUUACUGUAUUAUCAAUUGCUUGUCCAUGUGCACUAGGCUUAGCAACACCAACUGCUGUUAUGGUUGGCACAGGUGUUGGAGCAUCGAAUGGUAUUCUUAUUAAAGGCGGAGAACCUCUUGAAUCUGCGCAUAAAAUUCGUACAAUUGUAUUUGAUAAAACAGGAACAAUUACAAGAGGCAAACCAUCAGUGAUAGAUAAAAGAAUAUUUUUUCAAAAUCCAGAUAUGACACUAGAUCGAAUGUUAGCUAUUGCAGGGACAGCUGAAAGUGGUUCAGAACAUCCAUUAGCUUUAGCAGUUCGUAAUCAUUGUAAAGAACAUUUUGGUACAGAUCAAUUAGGCCUUUGUCGUGAUUUUAAAGCUAUUUGGGGCUAUGGUCUUCAAGCACGUGUUAGUGAUAUCGAUUCUCUUGUAUCGAGUAUGAAUACUAAUUCAUCUCAUGUAUACUCUGUUUUAAUUGGAAAUCGUGAAUGGAUGAAACGUAAUCAUUUACAAGUUGAUGAUGGCAUUGAUAAAACCAUGUCUAUACAUGAACAUGAUGGUCAUACAGCUGUAUUAGUAGCUAUUGAUGGUAAAAUAGUUGGUAUGUUGGCUAUUGCCGAUGGGAUAAAACCAACGGCUCCAUUAACUAUAUAUGCAUUACAAUCACUUGGUUUACGUACUAUUUUAUUAACAGGUGAUAAUGUUAAAACAGCUCGAGCGAUUGCUAGUCAAGUAGGCAUUAAAACUGUAUAUGCUGAAGUUUUACCUACACAUAAAGAACGUUUUAUUGCCCGUCUAAAAGAAAAUAAAAAAGCUCAUGGUAAAGUAGCUAUGGUCGGUGAUGGCAUUAAUGAUUCACCAGCAUUAGCUCGUGCUGAUGUUGGCAUAGCUGUUGGUACUGGUGCCGAUGUUGCUGUUGAAGCAGCUUCAAUUGUAUUAGUUCGUGAUGAACUUUUCGAUGUUGUUGCUGCUAUUAUGCUCUCAAAAAAGACUGUAUGGCGUAUUCGAAUCAAUUUCAUGUUUGCUACUAUAUACAAUUUAGUUGGUAUUCCAAUUGCUGCUGGUGUACUUCUUCCAGCUGGCGUUCAACUUAUGCCAUGGAUGGCAUCAGCAGCAAUGGCAUUAUCAUCUGUUAGUGUUGUUGUUUCAUCAUUACUGUUACGUUAUUUUAAAAAGCCAAAAAUGCAUACAUAUGAAAGAGAUGUUCGUUAUCGUCAAUGGUUAUUAAAUAAAUCAACUGGAAUUGUUGUUCAUCGUGGUAUUGAUAAUUUACCAGUAAAUCGAUUAAAAUCAAGCAUUCUAUCAAGUUUUAAAAAUAGCCGAUUAUCACAAAUUGUAAUAGGAUCUAUAUCAGCUGUGAAAAAUGCUGUUAUGGAAGAGAAGAAAAGAGCAACACUAUUUCUUAAUGAUGAUCAAACAUCUAAUCAGAAAGAAGAAGAAAUAGAAUUACAAGUGACAGCGUUAUAA